UUUUAACAAGUAAAUUAAUAAAAAAAAAACGGUUUGCAACAUUUUUUAUUGAAGUAAUUAAUUAAAAAGUUUUUUUAUUGAAAAAAUUGUUAUCCAAUGAAAAAUAAAAUGACUUCUGAAUUUUUUCCCGAAUUAUUACGAAAUUUUUCUCAAUUACUUGAUGAUGCAGAUGAUUAUAACGUCACCAUCAGCGUUGGAGAAAAUUCAAAUACCAAAGAAUUUCAUGCUCACUCUAAUAUCUUGAGAGCUCGAUCUCCUUAUUUUAAAAGAGCUCUUUCUCAAAAUUGGAUUACGAAAAAAAAUAAUAUGAUCACAUUUACUAAACCAAAUAUUUCUCCUAUUGUAUUUGAGAUGAUUAUUAGAUAUAUGUAUACUGGUAUUCUUGAUUUGAAAAAGAAAGCCGGCUCGGAUAUUCUGGAUCUUCUUGUGGCAUCUGAUGAAUUACUUAUUGAAGAAUUAGUUACUUUUGUACAAAAGUAUUUGAUUGAAAAUCAACCCGAUUGGUUACAAGAAAAUUUCGUCAAAGUUCUUAAUACUGUAUUUCGAUUUGGAAAUUAUAAACAGCUUCAAGUUUAUUGUUUAGAAUCUAUUUGUGAAGAUUCAGAACCUUUCUUCAAUUCUCCAGAAUUCCCAACAUUAGAAAGUAGUAUUUUGCUUGGAUUACUUAAGCGAGAUGACUUAUUAAUUGAUGAAAUAGAAUUGUGGAAUUAUCUUAUUAAAUGGGGAAUAGCUCAGGCUUCAGAAUUGGAAGGAAAGAAUACGACCAAUUUAAAUCGAUGGAAUAAAAAAGAUUUCUCGAUUUUGAGUAAUAUUUUGAAUCCAUAUAUCCGGCAUAUUAGGUUUUUUAAUAUUUCUUCAAAAGACUUUCAUAAUAGUAUUUGGCCUUUUAAAUCAAUAUUAUCUAAAACGCUUUUUGAAGAUAUCAUAUCAUUUCAUUUGACUAAUACUCAGCCUAAAGAAAAUAUUUUACCUCCUCGUUGUGGAAAAAUUAUUGAUUCAACCAUCAUCAAAUUGAAACAUGCCGUCGUUCUUGCUAAAUGGAUUCGAAGAAAAGAUGCUAACGAGAGAAUUUCAAAGAAUAAAUGUAAUUUCAACCUUAUAUAUCGUGGAAGUAGAGAUGGUUUCGAUCUUAAUACGAUAAGAAGUAAAUGCAACGGACAAGGAGCAUGUAUUUUAGUUAUUAAAAUCAGAGAAAACGGAGCUAUAAUUGGUGGCUAUAAUCCUCUUGGUUGGAUACACUAUAAUAAUGACGUUAAUAACGGAUUGAAUAAUAAUGUUAAUAACAAUUAUAAUUAUAACGCUAAUACCACUAGUUUUAACAGGAACUAUAAUUAUAACGCUAAUAUCGCGAGUUUUUUCGUUAUCCCGAGUAAUCGGAGUAAUACUACAGAGAGUUUUAUUUUUUCUUUGGGUGACGAGAAAGACGAAAAAAAAUUUAAGAUCAGUCGAGUUACCGAUAGAAGAUAUGCAAUAUAUGAAUCUAACUGUUGUACGAAUAUAGCUUUAAAUUUUGGCAAUGGCGAUUUGGUUAUCAAUGGAACAAAUGGCUCUUGCAACCAAAACUAUUAUGAAAGUAAUAUUUUAGAUACAAAUUACUUCUCAAUUGAAGAAAUGGAAAUCUUUAGUUUUUAUUAAAGAUAAGUGGUU